UAGUCCCGGGCGCUGCUGAGUUGGAGAAGAAGGGCCUCUUUUUCGCCAAGAUGGCGGCUCCGCCUUCGAAAGGCCCAGGGACCGGGAAGGGGCCUGGGAGCGGCUCCUUAGGCUCCUGCCUGGCCCAGCUGCACAAGGGCGCCGAGCCGGGCCUGGGCGAGGCUUUGCUGGCUCUCCGGACGCAGCACAUCAAGGAGGCCGGAGGCAUCGCCCGCUUCCGGGAGCGCGGGGGGCUGGCGCCGCUGCUGAGGGUCCUGGCCGGCGCCCCCCGGCCCCGCCGCACCCUCGACCUGGCCCUCAGCAUCCUCGGCAACUGCUGCACCGAAGGCGGGAGCCGCGCCCGCGUCCGCCAGCUGGGAGGCAUCCCGCCCCUCGUUGCUAUCCUGAAAUCGCUUGCUGUGGAAAGUAUCCAGAACCGAACAGCACGGGCUCUCGGCAACUUGGCUGUCGAUUCGGAGAACUGCCAAGCUAUCCACGAAGCAGGUGCUGUGCCCCCACUUGUCCAAGUCCUCACUACCUCCCAGGACAGCGAGUGUUUGCAGAGUGCCAUAAGGGCGGUGCGAUACUUGGCUGAUACUCCUGUCCAUCGCCUGGUCUUGGCCCAGCAGGGAGCAGUCCGCCCCAUUGCUGAACGCUUGGCUUCCUCCCUCGAUGAUGCUGCUUUGGUGGCAGCGGCGGUGCGCGCCCUCCUUGAGCUCACCAAGGGUUGCAGCCGGGAUUGCGCUCAACAGCUAAGCCUAGGUGGAGGGAUCCCAGUCCUUGUGGCUUUGGCCAGCCAUGACAAGCGGCCUGUGCGGGAAUCUGCCCUCUUGGCCCUCGCCAAUCUUUGUCUGCAGGGAAUGUUGAGGCCAGUGAUCGGCAAUGCCGGAGGGGUGGAAGUGCUGGUUGGGGAAAUCCGCCGCCGAAAGGAAGCAGGAGCACCUGGGGCCUACCUCUAUCCGCUGGUGAAAGCUCUCUGCCUGCUCUGCCGGGAGGCUGUCAACAGAAGCCGGGUCCGUGAAGCUGGGGGGUUAGAGCUGCUGCUAUCCCUGCUGCGGGACCGGUGCCAGAGUUCCUCUCAUGCCCGUGUGGUAGUGGCCUUUGUGGCCUUCUUCUAUGAUGAAGAUGCCCUGGAAGUGCUGCAGGCUGGAGGACUGGUGCCCUUGCUGGUAGGACAGCUGGCAGUGCUGGGCCAGUUGAGAGGGCAGGUGCGAGAGGAGGAAGAGGAUGAGGAACAGGAAGAUGAGAGAGAUGCAGCUUCUUUUGACUUCCCUGUAGAGGGGCGACGUGGGGAGCAGGCUACGCCUGGGGCAGAAUCCUCCAGCUUUCAGAGCCUCAGAUCUUGGCUUAUUUCUGAAGGCUAUAUAGCUAGUCCAGUUGACCUUUCCCCUCAAUGGUCUCCUGAUACCACCCUUUCUGAGCUGGAUGCUCCAGGAUGUGCCAGUCCAAAUCAAGAACUGCAAGAUGAGACCCUGGGACCCUGUCAUGCUCCCUCUGAUGUAAAAACCCAGUCAAGGGCAGAAUCUCCUGAUUUUUUAAACUCAACGUUAUUGGAUUUGCCUCUUGUGGAGCAACCAGAUACUUCUGAAACAUUAAACUCAACAGAGGGGGAGGGAAUACAACCAGAGCACAGUUCAUGCCAAGAAGCAUCUCUUAUGUUGGAUGUACCUGAUGGUCUCUAUUCAGAAUCAGUUGCAGAGAUGCCAGAUUUAGAUGGGACCAAAGAAGAAGAUUCAAGUGCGACCAAGGAGCAGCAGGGAGGACUAAUAGAGACCUCACCAGUGAAGAAUAAAGAAGAUGGAUUCCAAGAAGAGAAUCAGUCACCAUGUUCAUUGUCUUUAGUGGUGACACCAGAUUUGGUGGUGAUAAAUUCAGCCAUAGGAGAUAUAAAGAAGUCCACUGAGAUUGCCUUGGUAACAGACCAGAAUGAGCCUGGGCCCAGUAAUGUGCAUUCAGUCCCUAUGAUAGCUGCUCCAAGGAAGGAUGAUCAAAACCAGCUGUUGCCCAAAGCUUCUGCCAGACCAGCAGCUGCAGAGGAGACUUCUUUGAUCCCCCAGCGGUCAACUCUGCAGAAUCUUCCAGGCUCUCCUGAUGAGUGCAGGACACCUACCACUUGCUGGAAACGUCGUGCUAAGUUUCGGUCAACACCUGAGCAAGUGACGCCUCCCCAAGUAUCACGCCCUGUUGGCGAGAACUCGUCCCCCUUGCUUUCCUUGGCCCUCCCACUCUCUUUGUCUCAUUAUGUGAGUGACAGAGAGCUCCAGGCUCCUGAAGCCCCAGCCUUGCUGCUCCUGUCCCGAUUUUCUCAAGUUGAAGACCCCAGUCGCAGCUUGGUUACGCCGACCACACUGAAAGGGUUGCUGCGCUAUGUGACUGGGAGCCCAGCCCCUUCAUCUCGCUGCCUUCGGCUGCUGCAUCGCCUCACCUGCAACCCAGCCUGUCUGGAAGCCUUUGUUCGUUCCUAUGGGCCCUCUCUCAUCCGCUCUUGGUUGAUACUUGGGGUGUCCCCUGAGCAGGCUGCUUCCGUCGUUGGUGCUGAACAUGAAGCAGAAGAACCAGGAAACCAGGAUGCUGAACAGCGUGAUACCAAAAGAUUCAGGGAACUUGGAGAGACCCUACUGAUGAACCUUUGUGUACAGGCAGACUCCCCCUUCGGUGUAGGUGUCCUCACUCAUAUGCUGCUUUCGGGCUCUGAAUCAGACCAGGUGGCCUGUGCCCUUGCUCUUCCACUUAUCUGCAGGAAGGAUUCCCUUUGCCGGAAACUGCUGCUGGACCUCUCUGGCCUGCGCCUCUUUCUAGGAGCCCUGGGGCGAGAACCAGAUCCAGUUUUUAUCUUCUAUGCAUCUGAUUCCCUCUCCCUCCUCCUGCGGGCCCCUUCCCAAAGUCCUGCCCGGGUCUCAUCUCCCGCCCUGAAGCGGCCCCGCCUGGAUUCCCCACUGCCCUGCUCUUAUUCCCUCCUCACAGAGGAAGGCAGGGCUGACUUACAUUUCCAACUCGAUUCUGGUCUCACGGUGCUGGCCUCACGCCAGGCCAUUAGUGAGGCCUCUGAAGUCUUCCACGCCAUGCUGAGCGGAGGGUUCGCUGAGUCAAACCGCAACACAGUGACACUUCAUGGGGUGGCAGCAGAACCGUUCCUUGCUCUUACGCACUUCCUCCACGGCUGCCGUGGCAAGCCCUGCCCAGUGUUAGGUGUGCCAUUCCCUCUCUCUUUAGCUGAGGGGAUUUUCACAGUCGCCGAACAGUAUCUCCUUCCAGGACUGCAGUCUCUUGUGGAUGAUGCAUUGUGCCGGGACUUUAUGCGCCUGGGGACUCUAGGUGAAGUUUACCAUUUGGCUGAACAACAGAAUCGUCCCCACCUUCUCCGGCGGUGUAUCAACUACAUGAUUCAGGAGGUUUCAGACCCAUUCUGUCGAGCCGCUGGCUUAGCUGAGCUGCUCCGAUCAGCUGGUGACCUGACUGGGUUGUCUGAGGAGCUGCUCCAGGUGGUAGUGGAGUCCCCAUGGGGCUCUGGUUCCGAGAGUUAGCUGGGUUGACAGAUUCAUGAACAUACAUGCACUCUGUCCUGUCUUCCCCCUGCUAGUUGCUCGCUGGCAAGUACCAGUGUGGUAAUGUGACACAUCAACACAACGCCAGCCUGAAUGUUGGGAGAAUAAAUGGAAUAGUGCUUAAAGAAACGGUAGUGUGGGUCAGGUGAUGGAUACCACAGGGAUUAAUCUGUGGGGAGGAUCAUAUAGCAAUAAGCAUCCUUUGAAAAGGUUGUAUGUCUAUGCAGUAGUAAGAACAGAGCAUAACCGAGCUACUUUUUUGGACUACAACUCCUAGAUCCUUCAAGCCAUGCCAGUUGAGAUUCUGAGUAUUAUCCCCCACCCCCAAAUAUAAUAUUUCUAAACUUUGAGUAGAGGUCACUGUUUAGGGGAUAGAACAAGACAGAGAAGAUGCAGGACUGACUACAGGAGGGGCAGAGGAAGUGGAUGUUGAAUGGUGGCUUCAGGUUCUCAUCCGAAGUAGCAAAUGCCCUAAGGGGUGAGGAAGGAAAAAAAUAUUCCUAGGAAGAAUUAUAAAAAAAAAUCCAACCCCAUUUUUAAUGAAAUUGGCAUUUAAAAAGUCCCCCUUCCUGGUUUGUAGCAUGCCAGGAAAGAACCGCGUUUUGGAAAUACAACACGUACAUGAGUCCUCACAGCAGAUAUUCCAGGAGUGACUAUCACUUGUAGCUAAUAGAUUGGGAAAACUUCUUAGUGGCUUUUAGGAAGAGCCAUGAUGUGGAAAACCGCAGGAAGCAGAGUCUUGUGGGUUGGAGGGGCAAGGCUGAAGGUAUUCAGGGUGUCACCAUACUACUGAAAAUCGCCUGCUGCGUUGCUUCCCUCAGGUGUGUGAAAACAAGAAAAUGUCAGAAGGAAUCUUUCUAAGAGAUUCUCAAAUGAGUAGAGGGGGCUUGACCUAGUCAUCCCUCUGGGGCUGUAAAACAUGUAAGUGAUUAUAAAUAAGAAAAAUACAGAUGAUAAAGAGGUGCUAAACUGUC